UUUGAAAAAAGCAAAAGAUAUAGUAGAAAGUGCCAAUCUAGCCAUCAAAAGUUUGGAAACGGAUGCUCGUUUUUAUACAACAAAUUUGGUUCAAGCCGUUGCUGAAAAAUUUUAUUAUAAAGCUCAACGUCGUAUGUUGGCGAAAAUUAAAACCUUUGAUGAAUUGGUUAAGUACGUUGAUCAAAUUUAUGAAGAAGCUUUGCUUUACGAUUAUAACAAAAUUAAGAAAAAAUUGGAUGAUGGUCAGAGAAAUUCUUCAAGUACGACUUCAUUUUCAACUGAAAUGAAUUUAUGUUAUGUAUGUAAUAAGUAUCAUAAGAAUAAUUAUGAAUGUUUGAAGAAUUUCUCGAAAGAAGCCAUUGCCGAUGUUAUCAAGUCCAAAGGAUUAUGUUAUCGUUGUCUUCGUAGAGGCCAUACUGGACGUGAAUGUGACAAGAUUACAAAAUUUGUUUGUGACAAAUGUUCGGGUCUUCACGCUUCUGAAUUACACGAAGUUGUUCAUCUUUUUUUUCAAGCUGUUCCAAGGACGUCGAGUUCUAAUGAAACUAAUACGAAUGAAAAUACGAAUUCAAAUAUUGAUCAACAAUCUUCGAAUCUAUGAAUAAUGAAUUAAGAAUUUAUGAAAUUAUUCAUAGUGACAAAGUCGAAUCGUGGUGGGAGUGUGACGAAACGAGAGUGAAUUCGUUUCUAGUU